AAGAAGCAGGCUGCACGUCUGGCGCCAUCGGUGAAGAAGUCGGUGAAGAGCCUGAUGCGGUUGAUGGUGUACGCAAGCAACGAGGACGAGUAUGAAGAUGCAAAAGGAGCUGUGUUGGAGUUGCUUGGAGGCGAUACAUCACACGAGUUGUACCGCACGUUCAUGGCAAACUGGGACAGUAACCAGGACGAGUGGGUUUCCUACAAGCGCGGCAACACGCCGCACCUGACGAACAACACCAACAAUAGGAUCGAGUCCAAGUGGGGGAAGAUAAAGGAUGUUAUUAACGACUCCUUCACUAUCGACCAACGCCUGUCUACGCUGAUGACGCUGCAGCACUAUGCCGAAGAGCAGUAUCUCGCAGCAUACCAUCAAAUU